AAGUGCUGUUUAACCUUUCAAUUCUUACCAAUACUAGUGAAUUGACAGUAGUAGAAUUCAUUUGACUUAUUGUCCUGGGAUGUUAAGAAUUUUUAGGUUCCCUCAGGUUCUGAUCUAAGUUGGGAACAUGUCUUCUGCCCAAAGAUAUCCCACGAGCUGGAAGUAGCGUUUUUAUGCCUUAGAUGGUCUCGUUCUUAUCCCUUUUUAAUCAAUCUCUCUGAGAAGAGCUUUAUUCUUUUGGCAUCAUAUCGUGUCAGUUUAUUUAUGCUCCGGAUUCAAUAGUAUCAUUGUAAUUCUUCACCAUCAUUAUUUGCUGAUUUUUCUACAUAAGGAGUGGUUCUUAAAUUUAGGCUUUUCUUACUCAAUGUGUGUGCCACUUUGAAUUCUUGAGGUUUAUUUCUGUGGACAGAUUAUUGAAUGGUCAUCGAGACAGCCUCUUGUUAGAAACACAAUCUGUAGGUGUUUAGUACAAGAUCGUUUAUCACAUGACCGUAUGGUUGGGACACUUUUUUAUAGUUUUACAAAGGUCUAGAUACUUACAGAUGGAAAUAAUUUGUCAAGAGAAUUGUCAGUGGCCCCUUUUUCCUUUUGUACAUUUCGGUAGUUGAGAGGUUUUUUCGAGCUCCCAUCUUAUGUCUGGAACUCUGAACGUCCGAUGAAGCUCAGGAGAGUUGGGUUGGAAGAUGAGCCCCACUAAUUGGUGCUUUUAUUUUUGUUUAUCCUCCUUCCUUAUUGCAUUAAUAGUAUACAAAGUGUUGUGUGCACAGACCAUCCACUUGUUAUUGGUGUUUUUAUGCUUUUUGAUGUAGUUGUUAUUCCGAUUUGGAUAUUCACUUUAGAGCGGACAACGGAAACUAACUGUCGUCUUGAUUCUGAGCUGCCUCUUCUUUAAACAGGAAAUGGAGCUUUCUUUGAUAGGGCUGCAAAAUGCAGGGAAAACUUCACUUGUAAAUGUUAUUGCUACUGGUGGAUAUAGUGAAGAUAUGAUACCAACGGUGGGAUUUAACAUGCGCAAAGUGACUAAAGGUAACGUCACUAUAAAAUUGUGGGAUCUUGGAGGUCAACCCAGAUUCCGAAGUAUGUGGGAAAGAUACUGCCGUGCAGUUUCAGCUAUAGUGUAUGUUGUUGAUGCUGCUGAUUAUGAUAACCUUAGCAUUUCUAAAAGUGAACUCCAUGACCUGCUGAACAAGCCAUCACUGAGUGGUAUUCCAUUGCUAGUCUUGGGGAACAAGAUUGACAAGCCUGGAGCCCUGUCCAAGCAGGCUUUGACUGAUGAGAUGGGAUUGAAAUCUUUAACUGACAGAGAGGUGUGCUGCUAUAUGAUCUCAUGCAAAAAUUCCACCAAUAUUGACUCAGUCAUUGAUUGGCUUGUUAAGCACUCAAAAUCAAAGAGUUAAGGAUUAUAUCCUUUCUUCUGCUAAUGAUUUUGUAUCUUAAAUUUGUGAGGCUAUUUGGUUCCUUCUGUUGGUUUCUCCGGAGUUCUCUUCUAUUGUAAAUUAUUUAUCUUGUCGAUUGGAAGUGCUGUCACAUGGUAUUUUUCUUUC